AUGACUACCGCGCCAUUGAAGGGAAAUUGUCGAGCGGUCAUGGCCCAGGUCCGAUCGGUCUCCUACCCAUCGCCCCAGAUCAUGCUGUUGUUACUACUGGCGACCGAGGCACCAUUUAAUUUCCUUCGUCCCUCGACUGAAGAUAUUGAUGAACUCAUAGACUGGCUUGUCAAUCGUGAUCCGAACUCAUUUGUCCAUAUUUUGGCCCGGACUCUGCUGCACCGAUUGAAUUGGGAAUCAUAUUUGAACAAAGAGAAUGAUGAACCAUUUUUGCCACUCUCGAUGCAUUUGAAACUGGCCGUGGGUCUAGCAAAGCUAUCAGAGAAACGAAUCCUACACGGAGCUCGGUUCUUACACAUUCAAAAUCACCCGGUGGUGGAGCAGUUUUUAAGCUCAACUAAAUCCACCGCAUCGACUGCUACCGGUCUUUUACUGACCACCUUAGGCUACCGUCGGUUAUCCAUGGAACCACCGCCAAACGAAGAAUCAGAUGUUGAUCAUCAGAGUCGUCAGCGUUCACGCCUACCGUUUAUGAGCAAUGCUCGUCGUUCAUCGGUGACCACGCGAUCUCGUAGCCAAGGUCCCAUGGACCAAGUGGAGCUAUCUUCCGUGAGCGAUCCGGUUGUCUCCUGGUGCAUAGAUCUUGUGACUCGGCUACAUCUACCUGGUUGUGCAAUUAAUUUGUCCAACAAACCACUCAUGAAUGAGGCCAAAACCGAACUAAUGGAGGUGUGGCAGAAACUGGUUCAUUGCAACUUCGACCGAAACCCGAUCACAGCGUUUUUGUUGCUCUCAAUACAUUCGGCACUGUUCACUUCGACCACAGACCCGACUAUACCUUGUGAAGCUCAUGCCACUGGUCAUGAGCCUCCCGCAACCGGCUGUUCAAAUCCCGAUCCCGUAGACAAUAUUCCAAACGCCCGAAAAUCUGCAAUCGCACUAUUCUGGCCCAGUUUGCGUCAGUCACGCUCCAAUACCGCACAUCUUGAGCCGUCGUUUUCCUGGUGGAUAGUGACUAUUAUGCAUGCUGUCGAUCUCGAGAUGCAAUCCACCAGCCCCAGUGAUUUGGAAAAAGCAGACGACACCGCAACUGCAUUGUCUUCAGCAUGGUUUCGCUUGUCCCCAGUCAUUUCGAGACAUCUUGACGAAUUGAUCGUAAAUGCACCAAAAUCUCUGAAAAGUGGUUCGUCGGAAGGCUGUUUGCCUGCAAGAUUCGUCAUAUUGCUCGAGCGUCUCCUACUGGAGGCCGGACUACUCAGUCCCUCAAUGGAAACGACUGAUAACCCCAUGUCCAUCUCGAUAUUUGGACGUGUGCAAGUGAUUCUAUCGCAACUCGCAUUGACACAAUCAAUCUCGCUUCUCGUGGCUUGCCCCCCAGAGAAUCCUGUGUUCCCCAUAUUACUCCACUUGCUUCUCAGUUCCGUAUUCUCAUCACCGGGUCAAGCUCUGCCGGAGGGAACCACACAACUCAACGUACCACAGUGGCCGCAUAACCUUGGAUUCUAUCCGGAGAAGUUGUUGGCAAACAUUCCACCGGCAACCAUGAAGUUAUUUCUAGUGCUUGUAUAA